AUGAGUUUCACCGAAGAUCUCUAUUUUGUGGAGGUUGUCCGGAGGCAGGUUUCAAGGUCAGAUGCUUGUUUGGCUGAGUCAUGUCUAGGAUUGCAUCCGAGCAAGGCAGCCCGAUUUCUGGUGAUUUCUUGGCUGGUGGGGCCACUUGGAUGGUUCUCUGGAUCCGUCGUCCAUUCAUUCAAGCUGUCCGAGACGCCGAUCAAUCUCACCAAUUCAAAAGACCCGGCAGUAGCAGCCGCCGUGGAGAAGUUGCUGGAGAAGAACUUAAAACAUGAUGCGGGUGAAGCAAACUCAGUGCCCUUGCCGAAGGAGGAAGGCAAUGCCACGGAUGGCAAUGCCACGGGCAAUGCCACGGAUGGCUUCGGUGAUCUGGCCCGCAACCUGGAGUUCAUGAUGAUCAAGAUAGCGCAAUUGGAGACGGUGGUGCAGCUGCAGCAAACCGAGCUAGUCGCAGCGCAUCGCGAGAUUGGGGCGCUGAAAAAGCACGUUGGACUAGACGUCCGGCACGUCGCCAUGGCGCUGAAGAAAACUCGGGAUCCCCAUGCAGCAGGGGACGUUCUCAAAAAGGUACUGGACAAGCAUCACCGCCAGCGCGAGACGCGCAACUACGAUCCUGAUGCCCACAAGGACCUGACGACCGAGGAUGACUCGCAGGCUCCACCAGCACGGGCAGAGCGCCUUCUCCAACGUGAGGUCCGGAACUCCAAGCAGGAAAGCUCGCGAAGUGCUUCGCGCAAGUGGGGGUCUGUGGGGGGUUGGGUGGAAGAUAGGGUGGAUGACGUGAGCAGUGUAUCCAGCAGUGCGAUCAACACAGCAGUCGAGACCCUUGAUGGCGAUGGUCUGACUGGUGAUGCUUUCAACUCGGCAUUCGAUCAGGUCAAGGAAUUGGGCGAUACUCAGGCGAUUCAGUUCAUUCAGAAUACGGUGAUCGACACCGUGGAGAAGGCACUCCACAUUCUGACGAACUUCGGCUUUUCGUUUGGUUCCUAUUGCUUGACCCACACCCCCAAUGCAUACUUCCACGGCCAACAGUUGCGCAUCAACUUUGGCAGAUUGUACUGCAGUGUAACACUUGUCGGCAAGACCAUAACGCUCUUCAACACCCAAUGGCCAGAAAGACACGUGAUGCUGCCCAACCAGCUGGCCUACCUGGGUGAGAAUAUCCUCACAGUUGCGAGUCAAGACCUUAAUGUUGUUCAGAAGGUGUUUAACAUGGGCCAUGCUUUGGUGCACAGCGACCACUGCAACAGAGAUGACGUAUUCCACUGCAUGGCCAGACGUGUAGCAAACUACGUCAUGCAGUUCGAGCCGCCAUUGAACUGGCUUCCAAACCAGGUCAAACGCGUUGCCGACCAUACUGAGGAUGCGGUCAACAGGUUGUUCCAGAUGAUCCACGUUCUCUUGAACACCGCCAACUGCGACCGAAACAACGUCUUCCAUUGCAUGGCCAAACUCGUGGCAAACUACGUCCAGGAGUUCGCGCCCCCCAUGAACUGGCUGCCCCAUCAGCUGCACACCGUCGUCAAUGCCGGCCAGGAGGGUGUCGACAGGCUCUUCGCUAUGAUCCGUGACCUUCUGAACACGGCCCAUUGCGACAGAAACAACGUCUUCCACUGCAUGGCCAAAAGAGUGGCGGGCUACGUAAUGCAGUUCGAGCCGCCACUGAACUUCCUGCCCCAGCAGCUGCACGCCGUCGUCAAUGCCGGCCAGGAGGGUGUCGACAGGCUCUUCGCUAUGAUCCGUGACCUUCUGAACACGGCCCAUUGCGACAGAAACAACGUCUUCCACUGCAUGGCCAAAAGAGUAGCGGGCUACGUAAUGCAGUUCGAGCCGCCACUGAACUUCCUGCCCCAGCAGCUGCACGCCGUCGUCAAUGCCGGCCAGGAGGGUGUCGACAGGCUCUUCGCUAUGAUCCGUGACCUUCUGAACACAGCCCAUUGCGACAGAGGCAACAUCUUCCACUGCAUGGCCAAAAGAGUGGCGGGCUUCGUAAUGCAGUUCGAGCCGCCACUGAACUUCCUGCCCCAGCAGCUGCACGCCGUCGUCAACGCGGGCCAGGAGGGGGUGGACAGGAUCUUCGCUAUGAUUCACGAUCUUCUGAACACUCCCCACUGCGACAGAGGCAACAUUUUCCACUGCAUGGCCAAGAGAGUGGCGGGCUACGUCAUGCAGUUCGAACCGCCACUAAGCCACAUGCCCAGUCCAGUCGGUCUUCUUGCAGGCUCACCGGUCAACUCUAUCCAAAGCUUAGUGACCAUGGGGAAUGACCUGCAGAACUGCCAGAAUUUCGAGUCCGGCCAUGAAGUCACGACAUGCCUAGGCUUCAAGAUCAUGGAGAAGGUGCCUCCUUUGAGCUACCUGAGCAAGCUGGGUGAGACGAUCGGCGUGUACCUCGAGACCUUUGCGAAGGUCGGCACGUCCCUAGCAAUGAAGGCUUUGCAAGGCGGUGUCUCCCUCAUCCAGAAGGCCAGCGUCUCCGAGUUCCCUUCCGUCGGAAAGAUGCCGGUGCGCCACGAGCAGGGCAACCUCUUCGUGGAGAUGCACUCGCAAAAGAUGCAUCCAACGCUGCUGCAGCUGAUCUCGGCUUCGGGGCAGCACCAGGAGGAGGCGAUUACGCCCAAGUUUCAGAAUGGUGAAGACGCCAAGGUCACGAAUCUGAUCACCCAGUUCGACGGCAGGGAGGCGAACUCGGGCUCCUGCCUGGCCUUCGCACCCCGGAACAAGAACGGGGCACAGGCUGGCAACCACCAGGAGGCGACGAAAGGGGACUGGACCUCGGCAAGGAAGGAGGACUUCGUCCCCCUGGAGCCCUGGGCCGUGCCUUGCGACAACACCUGGAUGAAGGAGAACUGGAACAAGUGGCAGGGCUACUCCUUCUAUGCCGGGGAGGUGGGAAUCGAGAAGUGCCUGAACGUGGCAUUUAAGAUGUCGUUGCAGCCUGUAGUGGCCGCCAUCGUGGGCGUCACUUUCGAGAUUCUGCCGAAAGAUUGGUUGAGUGUUGACACCACCGUGUGUUGGCCGACCCAGAUGCCCGGUGGCCUUGAUUUGUCCGUGCUGCGUUCGGAGAUCAAAACCAACGGCCACCUCCUCUUUAGCCGGACCUUGCGGCUUGCGAAGCGCUUCGGCAAAGACACGGACUUUGUGAAGAAGAACCUCGGGACUGGCUACCAGACCUUCCGAAGCCCUCUUGGCAUCGCCAAAGGGGAGAGCAAGACUGCCUUCGCGCCCAUGUCGCUUCUGGACAGCAACAAGAGCCAGCAGAGUGAGCAGGGUGAGCAGAGGGAGCAGAGGGCGGGUUCCUGGUACUGGAACACCGAGCCUGAGGAGGUCUACCUGGCUGCCAUCGACUACGGUGACUCCAUGGAGGCCAACCGGACCUGGGAGAUGCGAGGGAAGGACGCCAUGCUCCGCUUGAGCAAGAUGCAGGAGGCCAAGAAGCGUGGCCAGGAGGAAGUCGUGGAGCUCUUCAACUUCAAGGUCGUGACGGGGAUGAACAACUACCAAAUCCAGGGCCUCCUCGACGGCAACGUCCUUGAGUUGGGUGUCCAGAUGGGUUGGGGACCUUUCCAGAGCCCUGCAAAGAGGAUUCCGGUGGCUGACUUCGGACUGCAGUUUGCGGCCGUCCUGGCCGCCAUCCCAUGGAUCUCCGUCGAGACCAAGAAGACGGCCAUCGAAGCCAUGACGGACUUCUGGCCAGGGCAGGACGAGCUUGAGGAGCGCCAGCCAGCUGAUCCGUCUUCCAUGGUGGCCUGGUUUAAGAGCGAGGACGCCGGCUCCGAGUGGAAAAGUUCGGUGGGCAGCUGGCAGGCUCGUGUGACGACGGGCAGCGUCACCAGAAAGGUCGAGGCCGGCCACGGUGCUACGUUUCCCGUUGUGCACCUCACCGGCGACACCAACGCAGGAAUUGACUUCGGCCAGAUCAUGAAGCCGGACUUCACCAUUUGCUCGGUCACUCGCUAUCUCCCAGGAUCAAACAAGCGAAUUCUCCAGGGCCCGCCCAACAUGCUUCACGGCCACUGGGGCGGAGCCGUGGGGGUUGCGCACUACAACACAUGGGUGAACCAGCACGGGUGGGGCAAGCCCCACACCGACUGGCUUGUGCUGUGUGGCAACACCGCAGGGUCUGUUUUCCGGGGUCAGGAGAUGAAGAACAUCGGACACGGAGCGGCGGUGAAGUCAGAUGGAGACGUCCACUUGAGAAUCAACGAAGCAACGUCAGAGAAAUCGGACUUUGCUGUUAUGGAGGUCAUCGUUUGGAACCGGGCGCUUUCGGACGGCGAGAUGUUGACCAGCAUGGAGUACCUGAACUCGAAGCUCGGUCCCCUUCAACCGCAACCGGCUGGACUCUCUUCCAUGGUGGCCUGGUUCAAGAGCGAGGACGCCGACUCGGCUUGGAAAAGCUCGGUGGGCAGCUGGCAAGGCCGCGUGACGAAGGGUAGCGCCACCAAAAAGGUCGAGGGCGGCCACGGCGCCACAGUUCCUGUUACGUACCUGACGGGUGACACCAGUGUCGGGUAUGACUUUGGCCCCAUCAUGAAGCGGGACUUCACCAUUUGCUCGGUCUCCCGCUAUGUCGGAACAGGAAAGAAGGGGCGAAUUCUCCAAAACAACAAUCCGAAUUUCCUUCAUGGCCACUAUGCUGGCUUGGUUGGGCUUGGAUACUACAACACGUGGGUGACAAAGCACGACGGGUCCGGCCCCUUGACCGACUGGCUGGUGAUGUGCGGCAACAGUGCCGGAUUGAUCUUCCGAAACCGGGAGAGGAAGAAUGUGGGAACAGCCCCAGCAGCGAAGAUAGAUGGAGACUUCCACGUGUUCAUCAACGAGGGCUUUGUCGAGCACGAUUCAUCGGAGUUUGGUGUCAUGGAGGUCAUCACAUGGAACCGGGAACUCUCGGAAGAUGAGAUGUGGGCCAACAUGGAGUACCUGAACUCAAAGCUCGGGCCCCCUCCACCCCAGCCGGCUGACAAGGCUUCCAUGGUGGCCUGGUUCCAGAGCGGGGACGCCAGCGUAGCGUGGAAAAGUUCCGUGGGCAGCUGGCAAGGCCGCGUGACGAAGGGCGUCGUCACAAGGCAGGUCGAGGCCGGCUUCGGUGCGGCAUUUCCGGUUGCGUACCUCACGGGUGACGCGCUUGCCGGAUACGACUUUGGCCCGAUCAUGAAGCGGGACUACACCAUCUGCUCCGUCACCCGCUAUGUCGGAGAUGGAGCAAGGGGCCGAAUUCUCCAGACCAAUCGUCCGAACUGGUACCAUGGCCACUAUGCUGGAGGCAAGGGGGUUGCUUACUAUGGCGCGUGGGUGAGUAUGGAUUAUCAGCGGACGGGCUUGACCGACUGGCUCGUGAUGUGCGGCAACAGCGCAGGGGUCCUCUUGAGGGGCAAGGAAAGGGUGAACAUCGGACAGCACGCAGCGGCGAAGUCCGACGCAGAUUUCCACGUGUACAUCAACGAGGGCUUUGUCGAGGAGGCAUCGCGAUUCGGCGUCAUGGAGAUCAUCGUCUGGGGGCGGGAACUCUCGGAAGACGAGAUGUGGAGAAGCAUGGAGUACCUGAAUGCGAAGCUUUCUGGUCCUCAGUGA